AUGGCAUCAUUCUGGAAACCUUAUACACCAGACCAAGAGCAGGCCCUCGACCUAUCGCGGCCUGCAGUGAAGGAGGAGAGAGUGUCUCCGUUACCGGCACAAAGUGCUCCUUCACCCCCUGUACCUGUACCGGAGAUGUACCAGGCGUACAUCGGACAUCCAGACGCAGUCUCUGCACCUAUAUAUCCAGAGGCUGCAUACUACAGCUACGACGCAGUGUACCAACCAACAACGUACCCAGUGUCGACUGUGUCCCCGGUAUCUGGUCACUCAAGCGACCUGUUGCUGUCCGCAACUGGAGAUUGUGAUACUAUAUCUUUAUCUGACGAUCGGGAGUAUCAAGCUUUUGAGCAGGACGCCAUGCGGGCGAUGGCGGAGAAGAACGGAGGGUCGCUGUUGGGGAAUAACCCAAGAAUGAAGAGGGCUGUGCAGAGCACUCACUCGGCUGAUGACACGUACAAGAAACAGAGGGAACGUAACAAUGUCGCGGCGAAGGCGAGCCGCGACCGACGGAAGCUGCGUGAGGUGAAGCUCGCUCUGCAGACGACCUUCCUACAGAAGAAGGUAGCGGAGCUGCGCGCCAGGAUGGCAGCUGGCCUGUGCAACAGUUGCCGGCAGACGUGCGACUGCUGA